AUGAGCAGCACUCCCUCUGUUGGCAGAAAAGAUAAUGACAUGCAAUAUUUCAACAUCGUCCCGAUGGCAUCCCUCCAUAUCUUACCUCUGUGCUUCCUAUUAGUAACCACUCAGAGACAUAAUCAGUUCAGUGAUUUCAAGUGUGAAGAAGAUGUUACUGCAGAAAUUGGGGAAACCGUUAACAUUACAUGUCAGAACAACCAAGCAAUGGUAAAAGCAGCAGUGAAAUUCUGUCCUGAGGAGACAAGUUGUCCAAAUGAAAGUGACCUCAGCACAAUAAAAAAUAAAUAUACUACUGACAAUGGAAGAAUUUCAAUGACGAUGAUAAAUCAAUCUGUUAUCCUCAGUCUCCACAAAGUACAAAUAUCUGACCAAAGAUAUUAUAAGUUUUUUUUGCAAGCUGUUAAUGGAGUUGUCGACAAAUUUAUACCGGUACAUCUAAAGGUUGUUGCACCGUAUUCUGAACCUCAAACCAAAAUUCAGGAGGACACUGUGGUGUGCACAGCAUCUGGAGGGCAUCCACAGAGGCAGCUCUAUUGGUUUGGUGACCAUGGAACCAACCUGACUCACAAUUCAAAGCUUGUGUCUUUGAAAAAUGAAGAUGGCUCAUUCUCUCUCAUCAGUACUCUUCAGCGUCAGUCUCUUGAUAGUGGCACAAUAUGCUGCUCCAUCCUUAACAACAACACAAAUUGUGAUAAACCCCAGGGUUUUGCUCGUGUUCAUGUUGGAAAUGAAACAACUACCAAUAAAGUAUCAAAAGAUGCAGUAAAGAAAAUAUUCAUUCCAGUUCUCAUCGUUGUUAUGCUGGCAGCCAUUUGUGCUGUUAUGGUUUUUCUUUGCAGAAAGAAGAAAGGUGCAAUAAGGAAUGCAUAUCUCCAGCGGCUUUUCCUAUCUGAAGAUUAUACAGGAACGUCAGUGACAAACCAAAUUGAAGCAAAAGCAGUGACUGGAUCAAGAAACACAUGGAAAACUGCAACACUGCCGGACCCUGCAAUUCAGAUUGCGAAGGCAAGGGACUCUGUAUGACCUUCCGCUCUGCAAGCCCAUCUUAUGACAUCUCUAAGCCAUUUUAGUGUCUUAUUAGUCAAGAAAGACUUGCCUUUCAUGGGAAAGAAGAAGCCUGCUAUUUGGAUUCCACUUCUUUCUCCAGCAUAAUACAAUGCAUCUUUCUUCAGGUUUUGAGCAGGGUUGUUUUCCUGCAGCACUCCUUUACAUAGCAUCUGUAAAUAGUCUUCUCUAUAAUAGUUGCAGCCGACUAGGUAUGCUGUAUAUUAAUGUGGCAGCAACAAUAUUGUAUAGUCAUCUGCAUUCAAUUCUCACCUUUGUUAAAUACCUUCUGAGAAGCCUUGGACAAAUCAUGUGUCAGAGUUGUGAUCUAAAGGU